AUGACAUGGUGCAGUAACUCUGAUGAGGAGAGGAGGAUUGAAUCAAUCACGCCAACUAUGAGCCUCACUCCAACCACUGAUGUUAACAUAAAACUCACCGAAGAAAUUCGAACUGUAACAUGCGCCUCGUGCGGCCAUAACAUCGAAUUCAAAGAUCAGGGUGGAAUUCAUGACUUACCGGCGUUACCAGCUGGAGUGAAAUUUGACCCAAGUGACCAAGAAAUACUAGAACAUUUAGAGGCAAAAGUGGCGUCUGAUGCAUGCAAGCUUCAUCCCCUAAUUGAUGAGUUCAUACCAACGCUUGAAGGCGAGAAUGGGAUUUGUUCUACACACCCAGAAAAACUACCAGGAGUUAGCAAAGAUGGACAGAUCCGCCACUUCUUUCACAGGCCAUCAAAGGCAUACACAACUGGAACAAGGAAAAGAAGAAAGGUUCACACAGACGAAGAAGGAAGUGAAACAAGAUGGCACAAAACGGGAAAAACUAGAGCCGUUUUUGCCGCUGGUGAUGCUGUGAAAGGUUUUAAGAAAAUACUAGUACUCUACACCAACUACGGGAGGAAAAAGAAGCCGGAGAAGACUAAUUGGGUGAUGCAUCAAUACCAUCUUGGCAGCAGUGAAGAAGAGAAAGAUGGAGAAUUAGUUGUUUCAAAGGUCUUCUAUCAGACACAACCUAGACAAUGUGGUAAUAAUCCCAUUAUCAUAAAGGAUCCGUACGAAAAAAUGUUGAAUAUUGAUGCAAGUGGCCACAACAAAUCUACAUCAAUACCUAAAACUUCAACUCUUGUGGAUUGCUACAAUGUUCCUUACAUAAAUUAUGAUCAUGUCUUGAGUUAUAAUAGGGAAAGCUCCCCACAACUAAUUACUCCCAACUCUGUUGGUCAAGCUGAUGGCUCUUACAUUUCCUAUGCAUUGGAUGCAAAGAAACCAAGAUUUGAAACUAACACUAGAGCUUCUAGGUAG